AACUGCAAGGAGCAAACACAACACACUAAUGACAGUCGCCAUGAGAAUCCUGUGGUGUUUGGUUUCCCUGGUAAUAAUUGCUGGGGUCAGCCCGUAUCCUGAGCAGCCCGAGGCAGAGUUGGACUGGUGGCAGACCACUGUGUUCUACCAGAUCUAUCCACUAUCUUUCAAGGACAGUAGUGGAGGUGGCGUCGGCGACCUGCUUGGUAUUGCAGAAAAACUUGAGCAUCUGAAGGACCUGGGCGUUGGCGGAGUAUGGCUGUCACCUAUCUUCAAAUCGGCGAUGGCCGAUUUCGGCUACGACAUCUCAGAUUUCAGAGACAUCGAUCCUGUGUUCGGAACACUGGCACACUUGGACGUUCUUCUGAUCAUAGCAAAUCUAUCGGACAUUAGAGUGAUUUUGGACUUCGUACCUAACCACUCCAGUGACGAACACGAAUGGUUCGUGAGGUCCCUCCAGAGGGAGGAACCAUUUACGAACUAUUACACGUGGCACGACGGGAGAGUCGACACGGCUGGAAACAGGAUUCCGCCAAACAACUGGCAAAGCGUGUUUGGGGGUCCGGCCUGGACAUGGCGUCCGGAAAGAAACCAGUAUUACCUGCACCAGUUCGACCCCAAACAACCCGACCUCAACUAUGGAAACCCGCUUGUUGUCGAGGAAAUGAAGAAUGUGCUCCGUUACUGGCUGGACAAGGGCGUGGACGGGUUCCGCGUUGAUGCCGUUCCGCACCUGUUCGAAGGACCCAUAGACGCGCCUGAUUCGGAGACGUCAGCCCCUACGCAUCUCCCAGAGACCUACGAGAUGGUGGCCGAGUGGCGGAAAGUAAUGGACGAGAAAAGCGUCGAAUAUGGACGGACAAAGGUGUUAAUGCUGGAAACAUACGGAACUAUUAACCAGACGAUGGGCUAUUAUGGAACGGAUGAUGCUCCAGGCGGACAUUUCCCCUUUAACUUCCGGUUAAUUACAGACAUAAAUAAAUUGUCAACAGCUGAAGAUUUCAGCAGAACUAUUAACGAAUACUUGGACGUUAUGACGGAUGGACGUACGCCAAACUGGGUGCUGGGCAACCACGAUCAGCAUCGAGUGGCGAGUCGGUUUAGCCGGGAACUUGUCGAUGGACUGAACUUCCUGGCACAUCUGUUGCCGGGCAUCGGCGUCACGUACAACGGCGAAGAAAUAGGAAUGGAGAACACGUUAAUCACGUGGGAGCAGUGCCAGGAUCCUCAGGGCAUAAACGCGGGCCCUGAUCACUACCUGGAGGCUACACGUGACCUAGAGAGGACGCCCUUCCAGUGGGACAACAGCACUAGCGCAGGUUUCUCCAGCAACGAGACAACGUGGCUGCCUGUGAACGAAAACUACAAGGAACUGAAUUUGGAGGUCCAGAAAACCGCAGCGAAGAGCCACUACAAGGUGUACAAGCAGAUCACCGAACUGCGAAAGACUCGAACCAUCCAACUCGGAGGCUGCCAGGUUGCGGCUCUUUCAGAGAAUGUUCUGGCUUUUACCAGGACGUUGGAGUCUGAGGACACGUACGUCGUCGUGAUCAACUUGGGAGACCAGCAGGAAACCGUGAACGUCAAGGCGACGUUUGAAUAUCUUCCUGAUCAGAUAACUAUACACAUAGUUGGCGUCUAUUCCGGGCACAUGGCUGGGCACUCAUUGUCCACUACCAGUCUGGUGCUUAAUGCGAGGGAAUCCUUCGUCUUCAGAGCGGAAAGUCCUGAUGUCGAUGACAGUAUCAUCAUCCUUCCAUGUUCUCUAUUUAUAAUGAUUAUUCAGUUUGUCGUUCGAUAUCUAUAAAUUUAUCAGUUAGAGCAUCGUUAUUAAAUAAACUAAGAAGGAGACAGUCAUCUUCAGUCCAAUAUAAUCGAUUCUCGAAAUAAAACAGAGUUCAGUUUACCUUAGUAUCACUACCGACAUCAAAACCUAGCAUUAUUUUGUGUGUGAAGCAAAUAUCAAUGACCUUUCGCUUAAUUCUUCGAGUUCAUUACGAAAGUAGCCGGGGUUUGUGUGUUUACGUCAUCUGUUAAGGCAGUCGACGGAUAUUCGUGAAAAUUGGAUCUAAAAUGGAGGCAACAUCGUAUUCCUAAUGUUUGUUUCGUUACUAAAAACAAUUUCAGCCAGGUAGGAGUGACGACAGCGUUAUUUAAGCACCCAAGUCUCUCCUGAUUCUCUAACAGAUGGCUCUAGCAGUCAAAAUCAGGAUUGAAAUUGUGCAGAGGCAGUGCGCUGGUCACUCGCUACUCACAGAUGAACACUUCAAGAACAAGACACCUCCGAAAAAUAAGCCAUUGUGACCAAAUAUAUAAUUUUUUUUAUCGAGACAUCUAAUGUAAAAGUAAAGUACAGCUGUCCCCCUACACGCCAUAUAGGCGCUUGAGGGGGGGGGGUUAAAUGGUCAGCAUCACAUCCCGGCCACGCUGUACUCCCGAGAAAGGAACCCGGUACCCAUUGGAUAGAAGACUGGGUGGGCCCCAGAGCCGGUCUGGACGCAGAGGACAGAGGAAAAAAAAUCCUCUGUCCCCGUCGGGGAUCGAACCCCGGUUGUCCAGUCCGUAGCUAGUCACUGUACUAUUAUACUUAUAAGUUUCUGUAUGAAAAUUGUUUUGUAUUUUGGAAACUAGAGACAUGGUGAGAGUAUAGGAAACUAUGCAUACAAAUACAAAACAAAGUUGUGUAAUUAUUAAUAAACAAUACCUGGCAGCAUAGUUUUGCAGAUGGAAACAAUCAGUUUCGAGAAAUAUUUGCUGAUGGAGCAAAACCUCAUUUUACUUCGGGCACAGAAUUUCGUGGUUAAUUCUUCAGCGUCUCGGAAUAUGUACACAGUCGUUCUUCAUUUAAAUAAAUUGCACUGGAGGCUCACAAAGCCAA